AUGAAAGAAUUUCCUCAGGACAGCGACGAAGGCGAAAAUGGAGAGGACAGCGACGAAGGCGAAAAUGGAGAGGACAGCGACGAAGGCGAAAAUGGAGAGGACAGCGACGAAGGCGAAAAUGGAGACGACACAGUGAAGAACGAUAGUGGAAGUGGUGCUGAAAAGCCUUUCUAUAAAUAUGAUAAGCGAUUUUCAUUAGAGGAAUACGCAGAUUCAUAUCGUGAUGUUCUGAGUUAUAAAUUUCUCAUGGCUGAAAUUCAAACAUACGAAAAUCCUCAGAAUGGAGAAGAAACAAUAAGACGUGAAAUCCUGAGACUUGAACACUUAUAUCAAAGUAAAUGGGCGAAGGAAUUUCUCGAAGUAGUCGGUGCAAAAGAUUUGAAGCUGGUGAAUUUUUCUACUGAUGAAUACAGGAAGGCGUUUGAAGAAGAUAUUGCUUUUCAGCUCAACGUUUUUGCUCAUGAGGGACUACACAAUGUGGUGAAAAGGAGUAUUUCAAAGAAAUGGGAAAAUCGAAAACAUCUGGAUAUUGUAGAAGCUUUAUAUUUUGCGGAGACAUCAAUCAAUUUGAAUAGAAACGAAGUCCAAAUUGGAAUGAUACAGAAGGACUUGAUGGAAGCGAAGAAAGCAAUGGAGAAAUUCAGAGCUGAACUUCAAGUGCUGGAAACAGCAGCAGUCUCCGCAACUAAUGUAUACAGAAAUAAAGCCAACUCAUUGAAUGAUGAGAAAAUUACGGAAGCGUAUUGGAAGGCUCGUACUGAUUUAGUCGUCGCCACAAGAGAACUAGUUAAAAAAAUAGAACCACUGGAAAUGAAGAGGAUUGCAUAUAUGAAAUUUCAAACCCCAGAAAACAGAAUAAACUGGCUCCUGGAUGAAAUGAAAGAAGAUGCCAAGCAGUAUUAUUGAACUGCAGAAAAGUGAAUUCGAUUCCAAGGGAAUUCAAGCAAUAUUGGUGAAGGGAAUA